AUGGACAUGAUGCUGUUGGUGCAGGGCGCUUGUUGCUCGAACCAGUGGCUGGCGGCGGUGCUCCUCAGCCUGUGCUGCCUCCUGCCCUCCUGCCUCCCGGCCGGACAGAGCGUGGACUUCCCCUGGGCGGCCGUGGACAACAUGAUGGUCAGAAAAGGGGACACGGCGGUGCUUAGGUGUUAUUUGGAAGAUGGAGCUUCAAAGGGUGCCUGGCUGAACCGGUCAAGUAUUAUUUUUGCGGGAGGUGAUAAGUGGUCCGUGGAUCCUCGAGUUUCCAUUUCAACAUUGAAUAAAAGAGACUACAGCCUCCAGAUACAAAACGUGGAUGUGACAGAUGAUGGCCCAUACACGUGUUCUGUUCAGACUCAACAUACGCCGAGAACAAUGCAGGUGCAUCUAACUGUGCAAGUUCCUCCGAAGAUAUAUGACAUCUCAAGUGAUAUGACCAUCAAUGAAGGAACCAAUGUCACCCUAAUUUGUUUGGCCACUGGGAAACCAGAGCCUACCAUUUCUUGGCGGCACAUCUCCCCAUCAGCCAAACCAUUUGAAAACGGACAGUAUUUGGACAUUUAUGGAAUUACCAGGGACCAAGCUGGAGAAUAUGAAUGCAGCGCAGAAAACGAUGUGUCAUUCCCAGACGUGAAGAAAGUAAAAGUUGUCGUAAACUUUGCUCCUACGAUCCAGGAAAUUAAAUCCGGCACCGUGGCCCCCGGGCGCAGUGGAUUGAUACGAUGCGAAGGUGCAGGUGUGCCGCCUCCGGCCUUUGAAUGGUACAAAGGAGAAAAGAAGCUCUUCAAUGGCCAACAAGGAAUUAUCAUUCAAAAUUUUAGCACAAGAUCCAUUCUCACCGUUACCAAUGUGACACAGGAGCACUUCGGGAACUAUACUUGUGUGGCUGCCAACAAGCUAGGCACAACCAAUGCGAGCCUGCCUCUCAACCCUCCAAGUACAGCCCAGUAUGGGAUUACCGGGAGCGCCGACGUUCUUUUCUCCUGCUGGUACCUUGUGUUGACACUGUCCUCUUUCACCAGCAUAUUCCACCUGAAGAAUGCCAUUCUACAAUAA